AUGGGAGCCACUGAUUGGGCAGAGAAUGACUUGCGUAAUCAUUAUCUGGAUCUUCUAUUGUGGGGUGGAAAACUUGCUGGCGAUGCUCUCAUACAGUUCUACCAUAAUUUCAUCACUGACUUUGAGACUAAGAUCAAUCUUCUCAAGCUCGCACAUUUUGCUGUCAUAGUCUCUCGACGAUAUGCCGAGAAAGAAGCUGCCAUUAGUUAUCUUGAAGGGGUGAUUGAAAAGCUUCGUGCUACUAGAGGGAUGCGCAUUGAGGAGCCAAUCCUUUACAUUAAGAUGCAAAUAGCUAUAUUCCAGCUUGAGCAUGGGGACCAAAAAGAGUGCAAGAAACUUCUAGAAGAUGGGAAGAGUGCGCUUGACAGCAUGACAGACCUGGAUCCAUCUGUAUAUGCUAGCUAUUAUUGGGUUUCAUCGCAAUACCAUAAAUCUUGUCAGGAAUUUGCUGAAUUCUACAAAAGUGCUCUUCUUUAUCUGGCAUACAUGUCAGUAGAGUCUCUAUCUGAAGCGUUUAAGCUUGAUUUAGCGUUUGAUUUAUCCCUAUCUGCAUUGCUGGGAGAAGACAUUUACAACUUUGGAGAACUGCUUGCACAUCCAAUUAUAAAGAGUCUUCUAGGAACGAAGGUUGAGUGGUUGUACUAUAUUCUCGAAGCAUUCAACUCUGGUGAUUUAGUUCGCUAUCAAGAGUUAUGCCAUGUGCAUAAAGUUGCUCUGAGUGCUCAACCAGCGUUGGUGCAGAAUGAGAAAAAACUACUGGAAAAGAUUAACAUACUUUGCUUGAUGGAAAUCAUCUUCAGUCGACCAUCUGAGGAUAGAACUAUUCCAUUAAGUAUCAUUGCAGAGCGCACAAAACUUACUGUCGAAGAUGUGGAGUAUCUACUCAUGAAGAGCCUUUCUGUGCAUCUCAUCGAGGGGAUAAUUGAUCAAGUGGAGGGAACGGUUCAUGUUUCCUGGGUGCAACCAAGAGUUCUGGGGAUUCCCCAGAUCAAAUCUUUGCAUGAUCGCCUGGACAAUUGGAUGGAGAAAGUACACACUGCUUUGUUAUCCGUUGAGGCAGAAACACCUGAUUUAGUUGCAUCAUAAUCUUUGUUCACUGAUUAUCUGUUCUGCUCUCUGUAACGACACCUUUAUGCCCAGAAGAGCUAGUAACCCAGUGAAGGAGAAGAGACUGUGUUAUCUUUUGGGCCAAAGCUAUAUGCUGCCUUUUAAAUCACGACUCAUUUCUCAUUUUUUUCCCCUGAAAGGAGCUAGCUGCCUCAUGUUGGACUUGUUACUUUUUGAGUACCCUGAUUGAUAGUGCCCACUUUGGGACAAGAUGAGUCGAUUUAUUAAGCUUUAAGAAUGUUACAUUGAACUAUGUACUGGAAAAUUUCAUUACAGUCAAAUAUGAUCUACGGUUUUGUGGAUGAACUGCGUUUCCAAUGACAGUAUUCAUAGAUUUCUACCCUGUAAUUUUGUUAGUUGAUGAUGUU